AUGAAACUCCUUUCUACAGCCCUAGUGUCCAUCUUUCCCGUAGUGGCAUUGUCUGCGUCGGUUACCAUCGAUGCGGGCACGGUCAAGGGGGGAAAUGCACAGGAGGCAAUCCCUUAUGCCCAACCUCCCGUGAAAGAACUACGCUUCGAGCCCCCAAAGCCCUACAAGACCAAGUUCCCCCAGGGCAAAAUUGAUGCAACGGUCUCUGCUCCGACCUGCAUUCAAUUCUCCGAUGAUUUUACUCCUUCCAAAUUGAACUCAUCAGCGCUUUCCUCGGAGGACUGUCUCUACUUGGAUGUAUGGGCGCCUUCCUCGGCCACCAAGGGCUCAAACCUUCCGGUCAAGGUUUGGGUCUACGGUGGCUCGGAGACCGAAGGCUCGAUUUCGGAUCCUCUUUACGAUGGCUGUAAUGCUGCCGAUGCAGGCUCAAUUCUGGUGACAGUCAACUACAGACUUGGGCCUUUGGGCUUCGCAGCGUUGAGUAGCGCGGGGAUUCAGGGUAACCAAGGGAUUCAGGAUAUCCUUCUUGGAUUGCAGUGGGUUCAGGAAAACAUCGUGGCCUUUGGAGGUGAUCCGAAAAAAGUCCUGCUGUUUGGACAGUCCGCCGGAGCGGAGGAUGUCUAUAUCGUGGGCUCCCUUCCUCAGGCCUCUACUCUGGUCAAUAGUGUCAUCUCCGAAUCCGGGGGUGGCCGAAGUCUUGUUUCAAAUGCCACCCAGCAAAGAGUGGCUGCAUCAUACGCCAAAGUGCUGAAGUGCAGUUCUUCUGAUUCGACAAAGAAAGCGUGCCUGCAGUCCAAGACUGUGUCCGAUCUGCAAAACGCAUACAGCAGCGAUGCUUUCCUAACUCAAGGAGUUGGAUAUUACGGUGCACUGGGUGUGACCAGUCCCAAGACUCACGUUUUCUAUCCUUAUGUCGAUGGCAAGAUCAUCCCUAAGGACCCUUGGGAUACGGGUGUCAACGUCCCAACAGUAUUUGGAUUUACUACGAAUGAAGGGAUUGUCUUUGCCGUCCAGUGGUUGGAAACGAACCUCGAGAAGGGGAUUAUCGCCUCGCCAUCCACCUACAAAGAUUUCCUCCGCCGAGAUUUCGGGGCUGCCGCUUCGCUGGUUGAACAGAAUUACAAGCUAGCUGACUUUGAGGCCGCAGCUGCGCCUAUCGCUGCCAGUGGUGCAAUUCCUGGUUACAACGCCACCUCGUUCGCCGUCAUUCUUGCUAUGGCACAGGUUGUGACUGACUCGACGUACAAGUGCCCGGCGUGGUAUGGUGCCGUCCAAGCAACGCAGAAGAAGGUCCCUGCCUGGACAUACGAGUUCCAACAUGGGUCCAGUUGUACUUGGCUUCCUACAAUCCCUCAGAGCUCGGUGUCCCUUUUCACCGCCACUCACACGUCCGAAAUCCCAUACGUCUUCGGUAACUUGGACAACGAUUACAUUGUCAACGGGACUUGCAACUCAACGUCUGCCGAGUAUCGCCUCGGUGGGCAGAUGAUGGAUGCUUGGACUGCAAUGGCAGCGACUGCCAACCCAUCGACCAAGGACGUUUCGUGGCCGCGAUUCCACUCCGCGAAGAAUCUGUCGUCUCCAGGGUUGAUAUUUGGAAACUCAUCAGUGGCGGGCCAGGUUGAUUUCUCCGGUUGUGACCUGUGGACUGAGAUCAAUGCCAUUCUUUCCGGCAAUGCUACAGCCACAGCCACGGGGACACCGAAAAGUCAGAAGAGCAGUCCGACAUCCUCCUCAACCCCAUCCCCGACCUUCAAUGCGGCAGCCAACAUCCUGCCCACUGGUCAAAGCAUUGUUGCUAUGAGUUUGCUCGCUAUGGGCUUCGCUAUAUUUGCCUAA